AACGGUCCACUAUGAAGGUGGUGCUGUGUCAAUUCAUGCUCGUUCCCUUUGGCGACUAGAGACGCUAAGAGUUGCGUGGAGUGGCAGCCACAUUAGAUGGGGACAGCCAUUCAGACUGAGACAUAUAACAACAGGAAAAUAUUUAAGUCUCCUGGAUGACAAGAGUCUUCUUCUUACAGACAAAGAGAACGCAGAUGUAAAAUCUACAGCAUUCUGUUUUCGGUCUUCCAAGGAAAAGUUAGACAUAGGGACAAGAAAAGAGGUGGAUGGAAUGGGAGCACCUGAAAUAAAAUACGGGGAUUCAAUAUGCUUCAUACAACAUGUAGAUACAGGCUUAUGGCUCACGUACCAGUCUGCUGAUGCAAAGUCUGUAAGAAUGGGUUCUUUGCAGCGGAAGGCAAUAAUGCAUCAUGAAGGUCACAUGGAUGAUGGUUUAACACUGUCCAGAUCUCAGAAUGAAGAAUCCCGUACAGCACGUGUCAUUCGUAGUACAGUCUUCCUUUUCAACAGGUUUAUAAGGGGCCUUGAUGCUCUCAGUAAGAAAGUGAAGUCUUCCACCAUUGAUUUGCCUAUCGAGUCAGUCAGUCUGAGCCUUCAGGACUUGAUUGGCUACUUUCACCCCCCUGAUGAACAUUUGGAGCAUGAAGACAAACAAAACAGGCUCCGAGCACUGAAGAAUCGCCAGAAUCUCUUCCAGGAAGAGGGUAUGAUCAACCUUGUUCUUGAAUGUAUUGAUCGCUUGAAUGUAUACAGCAGUGCAGCUCAUUUUGCAGACGUAGCUGGGAAGGAAGCUGGAGAAGCCUGGAAAUCUAUUCUGAAUUCUUUGUAUGAAUUACUAGCGGCUCUGAUUCGAGGGAAUCGUAAAAACUGUGCUCAAUUUUCUGGAUCUCUUGAUUGGUUGAUCAGCAGAUUAGAAAGGCUGGAAGCAUCUUCUGGAAUUCUAGAAGUUUUACACUGUGUGUUGGUGGAAAGCCCAGAAGCUCUAAACAUUAUUAAGGAAGGACAUAUUAAAUCCAUCAUCUGUCUUUUGGACAAACAUGGAAGAAACCAUAAGGUUUUGGAUGUUUUGUGUUCUCUCUGUGUUUGUCAUGGAGUAGCUGUACGGUCUAAUCAACAUCUAAUCUGUGAUAAUCUUCUGCCAGGAAGAGAUCUGCUUUUACAGACACGCCUUGUCAAUCACGUGAGCAGCAUGAGACCCAACAUCUUCUUGGGGAUUAGUGAAGGCUCUGCCCAAUACAGAAAAUGGUACUAUGAACUUAUGGUGGACCAACUAGAGCAGUUUGUGACAGCUGAAUCAACUCAUCUACGAGUGGGCUGGGCUUCAACAGAGGGCUACUCACCGUAUCCAGGGGGAGGAGCAGAAUGGGGAGGAAAUGGGGUUGGUGAUGACUUGUACUCCUAUGGCUUCGAUGGUCUGCAUCUGUGGUCAGGAUGUGUAGCACGAGCAGUAAAUUCUCCCAACCAACACCUGUUAAGAACUGACGAUGUUAUCAGCUGCUGUUUAGACCUGAGUGCCCCCAGCAUCUCUUUCCGGAUAAAUGGUCAGCCUGUUCAAGGAAUGUUUGAGAAUUUCAACAUAGAUGGCCUCUUCUUUCCAGUUGUCAGCUUCUCUGCAGGAAUAAAGUUAGCAUCCUGUGUUA